AUGUUCUACAAAACUCAAUUUGUGAGCUCAAAUUCUACUUCUAAGAAGAACACGGCACCAUCAACAAAUCGAAGCGCGAACGUGGGAAUACCACAGCCUGAACAGUUGGUCAAUGACAAAACUCCAGGGAGUAUUGGAAACACUAAACGAACAUCGCAGGUUCAUGUUCCUCAGCUGGCCUCGCGGCAACCAUUGAAACCUAAAAAUGAUCUCGCACGUCUCUCACAAACACAACGGUCUCUCGCACACAAGAUCUCAACAAAAACCAAAAGGAAAAAUUCACAAGUUCUCGUAUCUGAUAAAGAACUGUAUUUAUCGUUGGACAAUAUUGUUGGCCCACAGAAGAAACGGCAGAAAACAAACAUGCCUGAGCUGGAACAACAGAAAUUCCAAUCUUCUAAAAUAAUAGCUGAUUGGAAUAUUCGAAGAAAACAAUUGGUUGUUCAACCUCCUAUCAAUCAACCGUUGUUUAUGGAUAAUAUUCAAACCAGUGAGGCAGUGCUGCAGCUUAUCACUCAACCAGAAAACAGUUUAUCUACCAAUCAAAAAUCGGAACCAGAAUGUGUUGAAGUGGAAACCAAUUUUCCAGUUUCAUCUAAACCACUCCGCGAUGAAAUAUCAACAAAUGACACUGCACUCGAUAUAUUAUGGCAGAAUAGCGAGCGCCAGUAUAUACAACUUUUCACGGAGAGUCAACUGAAUAUUUUGAAUGAAAGAUUCAAAAAGGAUGACAUUAUUGAAGAAAAUGAAAAAGUGGAACUUGGAAGGAAGUUUGGAGUGGAGUCGGAGGAAAUCGGCAACUGGUUCAUGGUACAGAAAUGGAAGAAAACAAAGGAUCUAACAAUGAAAAAGAAGAGUAGAGAAAUUGUGUCAAUAUACGAGAACAAGGAAGUGAUCCAGCCUAUUCAAGAAGGUCGAGAGAUGAGUUUCAAAAAACCAUUGCCCACAGAUUCGUUUGAUGUUUUGCUGUUAGAAAAUGGACGAAAUGAUUUUUCCUGUUUUUUGAACACAACCCUCAAUAUGUUGUAUAGCUGCCAAGACUUACGAAACUCAAUCAACAAGGAUCGUCUUGAGGCAUCCGAACCAGAUAUUUUGUUGAAAAACGUUUUUCGAAAAACCGUGAAGACGGUAGCCAAGUUGAGACUGGCACUGCCGGUCGGACUUCAUGAAGGUCCGAAUGAUGUGCACAGGGCGUUUGAGGAACUUCUAAAGAUUCUGAACGUUGAUUUCAACUCAAUUGAGUUCAAGUCAAAAAAGGAAACAAGAUGUGCAAUCAACCGAUUUCACUUCGGACUCCAUGAUUCAAAUGUAUGGUCUCCAGUGGCGAGUUAUUUCAUUUGCAGAAUUUCUUCCUGA